AUGACGAGUUUAAUAAAACGUGAAUAUUUGUUUAUUGGUAGCGCUUUUAUUAGCGGAGCGGUGGUACUUUAUUAUGCGACAAAAUCAAUUAGGAAAUUAAUUAAGAAUCAUUAUUAUCCGUAUAUUAAAGUUGGAACUGUCGCUGAACUCUACAUUUAUCCAGUUGAAUCAGCUCGAGGCCGUCAGGUAAAAUUUAUGGAAUGCGAUGAAAUUGGUGGCAUUAGUGGUGAAUUAAAAGAUCGACGAUUUUUUGUACUCAACAAGAUUAAUAAAACUUUUGUAACUGCUGAAAUCUUUUCACGAAUGGUUUUAAUUGAUAGUGAUAUCAGAAAUGGUGUUCUUACACUGUCAACUCCUGAAACAGAACCAGUCACCUUGGAUCUUGCUAAAGUACUUGAAUACAAUAAAACAGUAACUGGAAGAUGUAUGAAAGAUGAGAAAAUACAGCAAGAAGGACUCGAAUGUGGUUAUGAAAUUGGCAGAUGGUUAUCGAAAGUUCUUCGAACUGAGGAACCAUUAUCUCUCUUGUAUUGCAAGGAUGGUUUCCCGUCUUCAAAUUGCCAGUGCUUUAUAAAAAAUCUUUUCACUUCAAACUAUCCACUAAUAAGUGAGCAAACAUAUAUUCCUCUUGAACCAUAUAUGAUUCUUAGUUCUGAAACAAUAAAUAAAUUAAAUGAUCGCUUUGAUUUGGUUGUCGAUCAACAAAUUACUUCACGACAUUUUCGCCCGAAUAUUGUAGUCGAUAACUGUUCAGCUUUUGACGAAGAUAAUUGGCUUGAAAUUAAAAUAGGUCAAGCCGAAUUUCAGUGUAAAGCUCCAUGCAAAAGAACAUAUAUAAUGAUGAUCGAUCCAUCAACCGGCGAACAAGAAUUAGGAGAAGAAUACAUCGAUAUUUUACGAGAGUAA